GCAAGGAACGCCUGGAAGUUUAGUAGCAAAACACCGAAAAACAUAACAGGAAUGAGUUUUACUUACCGCUCAUUUGGAACUUGCGUAAAAAAAAUGGCCGAUCUUGUCCCUUAUGUCCCCCCGUCAUGGGUUCGUAAUCUAAGAAAAAUUCCCUCGCAUUACGUAGAGUUAGCAAGGAGAAACACCCCUAUUCAUCCCUGGCAUCCACCUGGACUUCCUGGUGACUUUAAGCUGUGCAUUAAACGAGAUGAUCUUACUGGUUCUACACUUUCUGGUAACAAGGUUCGCAAACUAGAGUUUCUUAUGGCAGAUGCAAUAAAAAAGAAAUGUGAUACAGUCAUUACUUGUGGAGGAAUUCAGUCUAAUCACUGCAGAGCAACAGCUGUUGCUGCAAGAGAACUGAAUAUGGAUUGUUACCUGCUUCUUAGACACAAAGAUAAGGACCCCCCUGCUGGUUACCAUGGCAACUUAUUGUUGAAUCGACUGGUAGGCAGUCAUCUGAUGCUGGUGCCGUAUGAGGGAUAUGAAUCAGGGCUCAAAAUGAGAAUGGAAAAUCUGGCAGAAAAACUCAGGCAACAGGGGAAGUCACCAUAUGUCAUCCCUUUGGGUGGAUCUAAUGAGAUUGGUUUGUUUGGUUACAUCACAGCUUUUCAUGAACUGACCAAACAGAAUGUCCUGGAUGAGUUUGAUGAUAUGGUUAUGUGUGUUGGCAGUUCUGGUACAGCAGCAGGUAUAGCUAUCGGGAACUACUUGACUGGUAACAAACUUAAAUGUCACGCGGUAAACGUAUGCGAUGAUGCGGCGUUCUUCUACAAGUGUGUGAAUGAGGAGCUUGUAUCUGUCGGUCUUACGGACGUACAUGCGGAAGAUAUCUUAGACAUCAUAGAGGGCUACAAGGGAAAGGGUUAUGCUGUUUCUACAACCGAGGAGCUAGAGGAUAUUGUCCGAAUUUCAUCAACCACGGGAAUAAUGCUUGACCCAGUUUAUACGAUCAAGUCAGUCCGUGGAAUGCUGGCGGAGAUGAAAAAUAAUCCUUCGCGAUUCAAGGGCAAACGCGUACUUUACAUUCACACCGGUGGUGUCUUUGGUUUGUUUGAUGGAAGAAUAGAGCCGGUCUUGGAAGCUAUGGGCGUUAGCAAUCACGUGACUAUGUGGAAGGACGCAGCCAACCAUGUGCCCGCGUUAUGACGUGUGAUCAUGUGAAAGGAAGCAGUGCCAAGCUAUAAAUCAACACAUCAUUAAAAAAGUAUGUUGAACGCCCCUGUGGAACAGAGUAGUUGAGCUGACGUUUCGGGCGUUAGCCCUUCGUCGGAGCAAAAAGACAGUUUCUUGCUCGCGUUGCUGUUGAUUCCUAGCUUGUCUACACCACGCCUUCACAGGCCAUUUAUUUUUUUUACAGCUUAUCUGUAAGUCUUUCUAGUUAUACCAAUCAUAUGCCAGCCAUAUGACGAGCGCAAGGAUCACGUGGCAAAAUCCAUGAGCUGGUGUGAACUUUCCACGUGCUUUAUCUAACUGGUCACGUGAGAGCGAGUAUACCAGUACAUGCAUCGCCGUAGCACUGGGAGCACGUGGCCCCUCCCCCCAUUAUUUUCAAAAAAUUAAAAGGAACUGGCCAGUAGGGGCGUGGCUUUGCCCCCAUUGUUUUCAAAAAUUAAAAGGAACUGGCCAGUAGGGGCGUGACUGUGCCCCGAUUGUUUUGAAAAAUUAAAAGGAAUUGGCCAGUAGGGGCGUGACUGUGCCCCCAUUGUUUUCUUUUUGUUAUCGUGCCCCUCCAAUAAUUCGAGGCCUGCUACGACUAUGACGUGCUCUCGUUGAGGAGCAUGGUGGAGCAUGGUCAUGUCAAUCAUGACAAUAAAAAUAACCACGUUAUCAA